GGAAGGAGCUGGCCCUUUGAACACUGCAACGGCAUCCUCCCACUUUCUUGCUGUACUGCGUUUUAUGCCACCAAGGUCCAGCCCCUAACGGUUACCCUCCACCGCCGCCACCUCCUCCUCCUUACCCUCUAUAUCUCUGCCACACCUUCCACCGUGUUCUUUGAAGAGCUCCGCUCCGUUUUCCGGCGACCCUCCCACUAGCACCGGAGUUCGAAAGCUACAUUUUCGGUCAUCCACUGCUCUGCUCAGAGCCCUUGCUCGUCCGGUUUGUUCCUUUCUGCUCCUUCUCCUGUGUAGCUCGCUCGCCGGAGAUAUGAAGGAACACCAAUACCAAGUAACCGGAAGAUCGAGUUGUUGCCGGUCGGAGCUAAAAGCCGGUCAUUUUCCGGCAAGCUAGCCGUCUGAUCUCUCACGGGAAGUCCAUCUGCUUCUCGGCCGAAGAUUUCGGCGUGGGGAAAAAAAGAUGGAGCGCACGGGCGGCCGGGCCAGCCAGAGCGCGGCCUCGACGACGUUCGUUCAGGCGGACACGGGGACCUUCCGCGAGCUGGUUCAGCGGCUGACCGGCCCCUCCAACGAGGCUCGCAAGAGUCCGCCGGCUCAGCUUCCGGAGUCUAGCGACGCCACCGCGAAGUCCGUGGGAGUGAAGAAGCCGGCGUUCAAGCUGCAUGAGCGGCGGCAGAGGACGAAGAUCGAGAUCAGGCCCGGUGUUCACGUCAGCAGGGGACCCCUCUUCAACUUGAACCUGCCGGCGGCCACGUCAAGGACCGGAGACUUCCCUUCUCCGCCGCCCGCCCCAGGCGUGUCUCCCGUAGGCACGUCGUUCUCAUCACUGACGCUUGCUGACGGUGAGCUCAACGUCGUCGUCGCCGCCGCCGCCGGCUCUCUGGCGAGGUCGCCCUCCCUCUCGCCCAGCGAGGAGGAGGAGAAGGCCAUCGCGGAGCGGCGGUUCUACCUUCACCCUUCGCCCCGAUCCCGAACCGGUUUCGUCGAGCCCGAACUUCUCACGCUCUUCCCACUGACGUCCCCCAACUCCAAGGAACCCUAACCCGGAGCGAACCGACCCAAUCUAGAGGCUGCCGGACCAGGCAGCCCGUGCAUAAAGAAAAGUAAGCGUAGCACACUUAUUCCUCGCCGGAAAUUAAACCGACAGGAUCUGUAAAGAAACUAAGUUUUGACUGUAAAUCAGAUUUCUUAC